UCUUUGCCGCUGCCCCAAUAAAAAUUCUCGAGUUUUACCUAGAAAGAAAGCCCCAAACUUUAGAGAUCUGUAGGCUAAUUCAGGCUUGAUUAACUGUAAAAUUCGGACUGAGUUUGUAGUGUGUGGGAUGGACUAAAGUUUCAUCGAGUUAUUAAAUUUCGCUCAAUCUGGGAGUUUUUUGCGCAAGGGCAACGCUGCUAGAGCAGUUGUUAAAAGCGAUCACUGCUUGAUCGGCAGUUAUGCUCACAGAAGUUUCAGGACAAGUCUGAACUCUCGCUUCCGUCACAAGUUAUUUACUUUUAUGACAUUUGUUUAUUAUAAUUCCUCUAAGUUUAAUUUUUGCUAUUAUUGAGGUAGUUUCUUUAGAAAAUUAUCAUUUUCUUGUGGAUUCAGCAGCAUGAGUGGUCCAAGGAUGGGAAAUAUGGGGCCAAUGAAUGGCAAUCGCAGGCCUAACAACUUAUCCCGAAUGAACUACCACGAUGGACGGGGGAACUCCUCCUACCAGGAUCACAGGCAAUGUUACAACGAGCAUAGACAUUCCUCGCAUGAAGGUAGACAUGACAAUAGGCCCCAAUCUCACGACGUUAGACACGAACAUCGGUCUCAUGAUUCGAGGCCGCAUGAAAACAGGCCUAGUGCAGCACACCACGUGCCACAGACGCCUGUCUACUCACAGCAUGAAGAAUUGGUCAAAUUUGUGCACGAUUCUUGGUCGAAAGUGGAAAUGGACAAAGGAUCGAACAAUAUAGCCUACUAUGAGGGGCCAGAGGAUUUUCGGAAACCAGAGUUUCAACCAUUCGAUCUAGAAGCAUUAUGGGGUAGAAAAAUGCAUCAAAACCUUCAACAUCACUCGUCAUAGCAACUUUCCUCAGCUAUAAUUAUUGUAGUUUAAAGAUCUUUAAACCACAAUAAUAAUUAUACCAAACACAAUGAGUUACGUUGCACACAUACUAAGCGUCGCAUAGGGUAUUUAAAACUUGUGUAAUUUGGUAAUUGUUAGACGGUUGUUUUGCUAAUUGGUUUAAUUAAUCACCUGUUUCAGUCUAGUACGGUAAUAUAAUCAUAAAUUAGAAAUACCACAUAAGGUAGGGCUGCUCAUAUCAAAUGAUUCUGCGGUUAUUUUUCGGUUCGUUACAUAUUCAUAGUGGUAUGUACUCUAGGUAUUAUCUUUAAAGCAGCUGGGCCUGAAGUCUCGGACUAUUUUGCAGCAUUUUUUAGUGCAGUACUCAAUGUAUCUGGACGGAGAAGCACCUUGCUUUCCCGUCCAGAAUUCUUAAUUUUCACCAGUCCAAUUCAACGGUUUUUACACAGUAUUUUAGUUAUUUUGUUUUGCAACAUUCCCCGUUUCAUGUUCAAGUGUACGUAAUAUUUCGUAUUCGUUCAGUUUAUUGUUGAAAUAAAAGUAUUAUUUCAGA